CCAAUGAAAAUCAAAUCAUAACACGAAUGGCAGCAGUGAGCAUCUCUCCAGCUCUCCACCUCCUGCCUCUCAUCCUCCUGUUUCUCCUUGCCACCAAUGAGGGUGCCACAUUAAACAUCACCAACCAAUGCUCCUACACCGUGUGGCCGGCCAUUGUGCCGAUGGGCGGCGGCAUGCAGCUUGAUCCGGGCAAGUGGUGGACACUGGACAUGCCUGCUGGCACUGCUGCUGGUUGUGUGUGGGCGCGAACGGGCUGCAUAUUUGAUGCCAAAGGAAACGGCUCGUGCCAAACGGGCGACUGUGGCGGCAUGCUUGCUUGUGCGAGGAACGGUCAGCCACCCAACACGGUGGCUGAGUUUGCACUCGGCCGGUUCAACAACACGGAUGUCUUCAACAUCUCCCUCGUCCUCGGCUUCAACGUGCCCAUGGAAUUUCUACCGAUGCCAGCCCAGGGAGGGCCAGACUGCAACAAGGGGAUGCACUGCAACUACCCCAUGGAUUAUUCCUCGAGCACUUUGACUUGCCCGACAGGCACUAACUACCAGGUCGUUUUCUGUCCCUCAACUUCAGGGAAGGUAGAGGCACUAGUUUUAGUCUAUCUAAUUAUUUUUGAAUUUAUUUUCCUCAUGGCACUGUUCUGCAUCAUGCCCUGGUUGAUAUAUAAAUGCUUCGUAUCUAUACGAAGAAGACGACAGUGGCGCAGGGAGAUGGCUGAGGAAGAGCUCGGGGAGCUCCAAGGAACACCAAUGAGGUUCACAUUUCAACAAUUAAAUGUAGCAACCGAGCAAUUCAUACACAAGCUUGGAGAAGGAGGAUUUGGACCUGUUUUCAAGGGACAGUUUGGUGAUGACAUAAUUGCAGUGAAGUGUCUGGAUCAAAUUGGUCAGGGAAAUACAGAAUUUCUGGCAGAAAUUCAAACAAUUGGUAGCAUACAUCAUAUCAAUCUUGUGAGACUGAUUGGUUUCUGUGCAGAGAAAUCAUACAAACUCUUGGUGUAUGAGUAUAUGCCCAAAGGAUCCUUGGACAGGUGGAUUUAUUCUCGAGGUGAUAAUACUGCUCCUCGGCUAGAUUGGAGGAUGCGGCACAAAAUUAUUAUUCAGAUAGCUAAGGCCCUCUCUUAUCUCCAUGAGGAGUGCAUGGACAUAAUUGCUCAUUUGGAUGUCAAACCACAAAAUAUCCUAUUAGAUGAUGAUUUCAAUGCUAAACUUUCUGAUUUUGGAUUGUGUAAGCUUAUAAAUAGGGAUAAGAGCCAAGUGAUUACUAGAAUGAGAGGCACACGAGGAUAUUUGGCUCCUGAAUGGUUGACAAUGCAAAUCUCAGAAAAAGCCGACGUAUACAGCUUUGGCAUUGUGAUCAUGGAAAUCGUCAGUGGAAGAAAGAACCUUGACACUUCCCUGUUUGAAGAGAGCAUGCAUCUUAUUACCCUAUUGCAAGAGAAGGUGAAGUGUGAUUGUUUGGUAGAUUUGAUUGAUAAGCACAAUGCUACCAUGCAAGUACACAAGGAAGAAGUAAUUCAGAUGAUGAAGCUCGCAAUGUGGUGCUUGCAAAUUGAUUUAAAAAAAAGGCCUAAAAUGUCUCAAGUCGUCGAAGUCUUGGAAGGUACCAUGAAUGCAGAUACCAAUAUAGACCAUAACUUCGUUGCAACAAGUCCAGCAAGCUAUGGUAUUGCUGGAAAUGUGAUGUUCUCAAGUCCACCCCUAGCCUCUGGCUUAUCUGGCCCUAGGUAAAAGAGGGGGCGGGGACAAAGAGGAUAGAGAAUUAAUAUGUGCAAGGAAAUUUUAAGCGCUGGAGUUAGGCAAGCGUUUUGCGUUUUGUAUGGACUCCAUACAGGGCAGUGAACACGGGUUACUCAGAACUGAUUUUUGAAGCAUACGAGGCAUCUAUCAGCCUAUAACAGCAGUUUUCAAGGAAAAGUAGCAGGCAUGCAUAAUUGUAUAUUCAUAUUACUAAAAUAUACUAUUGUAGUCUUGUAAGACAGACAUGUAAUGCUUCAUUUUCAAGUAAGAAUUUGCAUUAAUACCUUGA